GUGUGACCUGCCAGAGCUCGACCGUGAAGAAGUUCUUCGCGGCAAAGCAAUCUUUCGGUGUUUGGCUUCGGAAAGGCGCCACCGUGGUGGACCUGAGAUGGGUUCUGGGACGGCACCUGCCCGCGGAGGCCCGAGUUCUCUGGCAACGGGAGGGCCGGGACAUCCAGGCCCUGCAAGAGACGGACCAAGUGCCGGAUGAAGUCGUCGUGUCCGACUUCCGCGGAUCACGGAGUUUCUACAUGCGCUUCACAAACAAGCAGUGCGCCAUCGUGUUGCGCUUCAUGCGGUCUUUCUUCCGGAACCCGGAGAACCAAAAGCGCCUGGAUGACUUCGAGUCAACAGCAAAGGGCACUGGGCACGAUUACCGAGCCCAGCUGGUACAGCUGCUGGCUCAUGAGGUUUAUCCCAGGAUCUACCAAAAGUUUCACGUGCCCGUCAUGGACGACCUCGAUGGUCCCAAGCUGAUGCUUGAAGCCAUGUCCAACGUCUCUUCGAGCAACCUGCAGGUGUGCGAACUGUGGAUGGAGGUAGAGAUGCUGAUGCGGAACAAGGCCUCGGCACAGCAGGCGCUGAGUGCAGUGAUGUAUUUCAAGGAGCUGCAAGCCAAGGUCGCUGAUCCGAAGGAUGCACCAUCAAGUGCAACAGCUGGAGACCAACUGGGAAGUGCUAUGUCUUCAGCCCCAGCACCCGCGUCGGCACCUGCGUCCAUGAGAUCAAGCUUGCCAGAGGCCGCUCUGAAGGAGCUUCCGCCCGUGGCAUCUUCCUUGGUGAAGGCAGCUGUGGAGAAUCCGAUCGUGGAGAAGCAGCUGCGGCAAUGGGUUACGAGGGCCUCCAACGCUGGUAACGAAGAAGACGGUUCAGAAACGAGAGCAAACGGAACGGAGGCACCGACACCAGCAGAACCCGUCAGGAAUGGCGACGACAGCACCAAGCUCACCACUGCCAGCCUUCUUGCAGCCAAAGCUGCAGAAAGGCCAGCCAAUGGCCACCGGAGCCAGGCAGUGAAGGAGAAGGAGAUAUCUUCUAAGCCGGCUCCGAUAAGCUCACCGAGGACUCAGAAUUCACUGCUGGACUGGGAUGAAUUAGAGAAGAUGGAGAAAGGACCGGACAAAGAUGCCGUCCCCGAAGUCGCCUUGACGACGGAGCCUGUAAAGGUGGCACCACCGAGGAACUCGGAGACUUCUCGACGAACUGACCCAGUCACUCAGCGGAAUGACCCAGUCACUCCGGCACCGGGGUCCAAGCAAAAGGACAAGGUCGACCCGCUCAGAGUGGAGGUGGUGGAUUCAGAGAAUACAGCACCCCAACAUAGACAGUUAACAUAA